AUGGCGACAAAAUCCAAAGACCGUCCGACUUUAAAAGGCAAAAACAUUUCUGCAUUCAGUAUUUAUGCUAAUAGAGAUGAUGAUGGAAGUGGUGAUGAUGGCCAUCGUUCCAAUGGUAGUUCGUCAUCGUUAAGCAUCGGCGGUCAGAGACAGCAGAGGAAAAAAAAAAUAAUUUAUGUGGAUAACAGACAAACAUGUGAUGAACACCGUUACAGCGAUAAUUUUAUCAUUCCGCUGUUGAGCAAGUCAAUCGAGCAUGAUAACAUCAAGUCCAAGGGAAAGCAUGCCAGUAAGAAAGGGACUUUGAAACACGAUGGUAACACCAACAAGCGAAUUGCAGCAAUCCUUGGUGUUGCAGUCAAUAACCUUUCUAGAUCUGCCAUUUUCCCUAUCUGCUUUCGUAUUGCAGCAUUACACAAUGUUCCUUAUUGA